AUGGAAAAAAAGGUGAUGGAUUUGUCAAGGUUGAUUAAAUUUAUGGAUGAAACAUUGGAGUCAACAGAAAAGUCAAGAUUGGUUAUUCAAAAAGAAUGUGAUGAGGCUUAUUUUGUCAUGAAACCUUGGAUUGUUGAUACUCUUGUUACACGUCAAGUUGAAAAAAAACAAUGUACAUGUCCCCAAGCUCAAAGUUUGGAUGAUCAAGCUGAAGAAUUAGCAGCAAGCAUUGAAAAAGCACUACAACAAUCACAAGAAUUACAGUAUUUAAAUAAUUGUCCUCAACAUGGUGAUGAUAAUUCAAUAAAUUUUAUAACAGAAAAAAAAAAAGUUGCUAUUAAUUUUGUUGAGGCAUUUAAUCGUUUUGGUGUACCUGAUGAUUUACUAAAAAUUUUAAAAUUUUAUCAAUUGUUUAUUGGCAAAAUUGAUGAAGAAAAAAUCGAAAAAAAAUCAAAUAUAUUUCUUGAAAAAUUAGAAACAUAUCAUGACAAACAAAUUGCAAACAUUUCGGAAAAUAAUAUUGUUCAUCUUGUCAAAGGCUUCAAUAAAUUAAAUUACAAUCUUCACAAUUUACCCUCAAAAAAUGUAAAGAUAAAUUCUCUCAAAAAUACAUUUUACGAGUUGGAUAAUUUAAGUAAAUUUUGUUCAAUAAAAAAAUACGAUACUUUAAAAUCCGAACGUAUAGAAAAGCAAAAAAAUAACAACUCAAUAUCAACUGGUUGGUUGUCAAAUGGUUUUUGGAAUAAUUCAACAAUUGAAUAUUUUCCAGAAUUCAUAAAACUAAAUACAAUUAAUUAUAAAAAUAUCAAUGAGCUAUUAUUAUUAUUCAAUUCAAUUCAACAAUUACAACAUAUUAAUUACCAAAAAAAAUUGAUUGACAUUAUAAUUAAUGACAUAAUACCUAGUAUAAAUAAUUUUGAUAAUAAUUCAAAAGAAUAUAUAAAUAUUUACAAAAUGAUAUUUACAAUUGUUCAAGUAUUAAAUCCAAAUUUACCAACACUUGUUUCAAAUUAAAUAAAAAAUGUUGUUACUUUUUUAAAUACAAUAUCUUGGUUGCUCAUGAAAUAUUGAUUAAACAUAUCAAUGUAUAGUUUUAAAUUUUAUAUUAAUAAAAAUUGUAUACUGUGUUUGCCAAAAUAAAAAAAAAAACAUA